GCAUGCGCGCGAAGAUAGUUAUGUCAGUGUGUCAAUUUACUGCGAUAUAAUUUGAAGGAGAAUCAUGUAACAGUUGUAAUCGUUAUUCUCAUGCGUGAUUCUUGUGUACGAUUACAUUGAAAAUUGACAAAUUCCACGUUUUUCUUAAUGUCAAGGACAUAAUGUUAAAGUACAUUCCUCUUAUCGCGAUAGUCAUUUUAACCUGUCUGUCACAGUCCGAGGCGCAAUAUGAUGACAAGAGAUGUAAAUGUAUCUGUCCGAGCCUCUCUUCCGUUAUAAAUACAACGCAAUCGUCCACGGAGCGUCUCACAUAUAUCAUAAAUGUUCCACCAUUACAAUGUAAAUGCGAGAGCGUUGUUCUACCAAAACUUGGAGAUCAGAUAAAGGGGAAAGAGGAAAUAUUUUGCCCGCGAUGUGACUGCAAAUAUGAAAAUAGGAACACAACUAUCAUUAAGAUUGUAGUAAUAAUAGUUAUAUGGGUUAUAUCACUAUUAGUGAUAUACAUGUUAUUCUUAAUUUGUUUGGAUCCAUUACUUAACAAGCGGAUACAUAAGGCUUCAGCAAAUAUUGGCUAUCAUGAACAUAACAAUGAAGAGGACGAUUCAUCUCUUGCACCUGGUACUUCUCACCCAAUGGGAGAAAGGGGCAAUGUUUUGAAUCGUGUUGGACAUCAACAGGAUAAGUGGAAACGGCAAGUUCGUGAACAAAGGCGGAAUAUUUAUGAUCGUCAUACUAUGUUGAAUUAAUAAUUAUGUUUUGUUAAGAAUAUAUAAAAUAUAGAAACUUUAGUUGUGACAAUUUGUUCAAUAUUAUGAAGUAAAUUUUCUACAAAAAAAAAUAUUUAUAUUGGUAAAAAUAUAUCCCAAUAGUAAAGAGAAUAUUAUUAAACAUUAGCAGAU